CACAGAGAGAAUAUACAUGGCAGCGUCACCGCUGCCGAGAUGGGCUCCGACGCCGAGCCCUACCAAGCCACUCCGGUCGACGACGUCGUCGAGCACCGCCAUGGUUUCAUGGCGCGGAUGGUCGGCGUGGCCGUCUAGCCCCAUCUUCUUCCCGCGUUGUCUCUCCGACUCCGAGCCGCCGGCUAGUGGGGUGGUAGACGAUGCAAAGCCCGGUACUACGGAGGUAUUUCUCACGUGGAAAGACCUUUCUGUGACGGCCAUGAACGGGAGAAAGGGUCGUGCUGUGAUCCUUGAUGGGCUUAGCGGGUACGCGCGCCCUGGCGAAGUGCUGGCUCUCAUGGGUCCUUCGGGCUGUGGCAAAACUACUCUACUUGAUACCUUGGCUGGACGACUUGGACCCAACAUGAAAGAGAGUGGAGACAUCAUGAUCAACGGUUGCCGACAGAAGAUUGCAUCCAGAACCUCUGCAUAUGUGACCCAAGAAGACGUGCUGAUGGUGACGCUGACGGUGGCGGAGGCGGUGCACUACUCGGCGGAGCUUCAGCUGCCGGACUCCUUGACGCGGGCUGAGAAGCGCUCGUGGGCCGACGAUGUUAUCAAGCAGAUGGGGCUCGCCGCGGUGGCCGGAACCCGGAUCGGCGGGCGCGUUUCCAAGGGCAUCAGCGGUGGCCAGCGGAAGCGAGUGAGCAUCUGCAUAGAGCUGCUGGCGUCGCCGCCGCUCAUCUUCCUCGACGAGCCGACCAGCGGGCUUGACAGCGCCGCGUCGUACCACAUCAUGAGCCGCAUCGCCGGGAUCGCCAAAAGGAAUGGGACGACGGUCGUCGCAGCCAUCCACCAGCCAAGCACGGAGGUGUUCGAGCUCUUCCAUGGCCUCUGCCUGCUGGCCAACGGGAAGACGGUUUAUUUCGGGCCAGCUUCCAAAGCAAUGGAGUUCUUUGAUGCUAAUGGCUUCCCAUGCCCAUUGAGGAUGAACCCUUCAGAUCACUUCUUAAGGAUGAUAAACAUAGACUUUGAGGAAUUUGGGGAAGAAUCUACUGUUAAUGCGCCGCAUGCUGCAAAAGUAAUCCAGACUUUGGUUGGUUCUUUUGGGUCUGUUGCUAUCUUAGACACUGAAAUGGAAGGAAGGCAGAUAAAUCAGGGCGACUAUGUAGUUCAACAAAGGCAAGCUACAUUCUUGACAAAAUUAGUUGUCCUAACCAAAAGAUCAAUGAUAAACAUGCACAGAGACAUAGGCUAUUAUUGGUUGCGGUUUGGUAUCUACAUGGCACCUUUUCUAACCAUUGGGACAAUUUUCUUCAAUGUUGGUCACAAUUAUUCAUCAAUCCAAGCACGAGCAUCCAUGCUUAUGUACACAUCCACCUUUAUGACAAUGAUGGCAAUCGGUGCUUUUCCAUCAUUUGUCGAGGAUAUGAAGGUAUUUGAGAAAGAAAGGAGGAGUGGACACUACGGGGUCACUGAAUUUGUCAUAGUCAACACACUUUCAUCAACUGUAUACUUGGGCCUCAUCUGUGUGCUACCUGCUAUAAUUGCUUAUUACCUAACUGGGCUUCAAAGAGGAAUAGGACACUUCUUCUUCUUUGUUGCAACACUAUGGGCUUGCACAAUGUUGGUUGAAGGUUUGAUGAUGAUUGUUGCAGCCAUCGUACCUGAUUUUCUCAUGGGUAUAAUCACAGGAUCUGGAGUACAAGGGUUGCUAAUGCUAAACGCCGGUUUCUUCAGGCUUCCAAAUGACCUCCCAAAACCAAUAUGGAAGUACCCAACUUACUACAUAUCCUACCACAAAUAUACAACUCAAGGACUGUACAAAAAUGAAUUCUUGGGCUUGGUGUUCCCAAAUUUAGCUGGUGUCGACGGAGUCAUCACCGGUCAAUAUAUCCUGAAGAACAACUUUCAAGUGGAGUUAGGCUACUCGAAGUGGGUUGAUCUUGCGAUAUUACUUGGAAUGGUCAUUAUCUACAGGGUAAUUUUCCUGGUUAUUAUAAAGGUUUUCGAUGUGGCAAAACCAAUGAUAAAAUCCUUCAUGAUAAAAGUGUAACUAUUACUAUAUGUAUGUAGUUUUAUAUAAGGUAACAAGACAUGUUUUAUUUGAAUCAUAUAUGUAUGUAGUUUGCAUAGAUAAAAGCAUAGAUAUUGAGAUAGUAGUAUUCCUUGUAUGUUUAUUUUCUCUUGAAUAAAUCACCACUAUAUUCAUUAGUCGAGGGUAUUUCCCAAGGUAGCUAGCAACAAUAACAU